AGCUGCAGAUCUCUUGUUGUCCCCCACGUCCUGCCUGCUGUCGGAUCGGUGCGCGCCUCUCGGCCAUGGAGCCGACCCCCGACGCCGAGGAGGCGCACACGGUGCGCGAGGCGCUGGGCCGCUACGAGGCGGCGCUGGAGGGUGCGGUGCGUGCGCUGCACGAGGACAUGCAGGGGCUGCAGCGCGGCGUGGAGCGGCGCGUGGCCGAGGCGCUGCGCCUGGCCGGCCCCUUGGCUCGCACCGUGGCCGAACUGCAGCGGGACAACCAGCGGCUGCAGGCGCAGCUCGAACGCUUGACGCGCCAGGUGGAGGCGCUGGGCUUAGCGACUGGUGUGUCCCCUGCACCGGGCACGCCCAGUCCCCCUCCUGCGGGCGCAGGUACAGAUCGCGCGCCCCGCUUGGGCACCGCACGCUUCUCCAGCCACGCCACCUUCUCGCUGUCCGGUCGCAGCCAGAGCGUGGAACAUGAUGAAGCUGGUGAUCUCGAGGGGAGACGAGCUUCGAACUCAUGCAUCAUGGAGAAUGGACACCAGCUGGGUACAGGUUCAGCCAACGGAUCCUCUGAGGUCCAAACCUCCUCGGCCCCGGAGGUCCCCAGGCCACGCCCUGUGAGCCUCUCCCUGCGGCUGCCCCACCAGCCUGUCACCGCGGUCACCCGAGUCUCUGAGAAAUUCUCUGGGGAGACCUCAGCUUCAGCUCUGUCACCCACAUCUGCAGCCAUUCUGGGGGGCUUCAGCCCAAGCCCUAGCGAAGCCCUCAGCCCCUGGACUCCUAGUCCCACUGAGAAGAAUUCCUCUUUCGUGCGGUCUUUGUCUGGCUCUGGGUAUGGAGCGGUGACAGCAGGCAGGAACAAGGACAGCCCUCCAUUGGUGACUCCACCACAGUCACCCCCAUCCUCGCAGCCUCCAGCUAUGACGCAGGCCCCUCGCCAGGGAGAGCGUCGCCGGGAAUUGGUGAGGUCGCAGACGCUGCCUCGUACCUCAGGGGCCCAGGCUCGGAAGGCGUUGUUCGAGAAGUGGGAACAGGAUACAGCGAGCAAGGGCAAAGGUGAGACCAGGGCCAAACUAAAGAGGUCGCAGAGUUUCGGCGUGGCCAGUGCCAGCAGCAUCAAGCAGAUCCUGCUAGAGUGGUGCCGCAGCAAGACUGUGGGCUACCAGCACGUGGACUUGCAGAACUUCUCCUCCAGCUGGAGUGACGGGAUGGCCUUCUGUGCCCUGGUACACUCGUUCUUCCCUGAUGCCUUUGACUAUAAUGCUCUGAGCCCCACACAACGGCAGCAGAACUUUGAACUGGCCUUCACCAUGGCUGAGAAUCUGGCCAACUGUGAGCGCCUCAUCGAAGUGGAGGACAUGAUGGUGAUGGGCCGCAAGCCGGACCCCAUGUGUGUCUUCACCUACGUUCAGUCGCUCUACAACCACCUGCGUCGCUUUGAGUGAAGCUGGCAGCCUGGAGAGGCCAGGAAGAAACGACUGUGGGGGUCACUCAGGUCCCCCAGGCAGCAUGACCCCCAGGGGGCCUCUGUGGUGUGAGCUGCUGUUUAGUCCUAUGGCGUGUGACCACGUGCCCCUCACACUCAGUUGCUGAUUAAAAGUAUUGAUGAGGCUAAGCUGAGCCCCCAGCCUCUCACAGCCCAGGGCUGGAAGGCAAAGGAAAAACCUCUAGAGUCCGAGAAAUUGGUGCUAAGUGAUGAUCUUCCUGCAGGGAAUUGCUCAUGUUCUUCCCUCUGGUGAAUUUGAUACAUUGGCUUGACAGGGUUCCACUGGUUACCAAGUUUUCUUCUUCUUUUUUUAAUCAAAACACCCAGAUUUUUUACUUCCUCACACUAUUUUGGGUCCCCUUUCCCUCUUCCUCUGGGCCACUGCUGGGAAACAGACUCCAGUUCUUGGGAAGAAACAGUUUAUCACACCCAGAUCCUGGGUAGCAGAUGACCUUCACAUCACCUCUCCUCUAUGGGGAGGUGGUGAGGUUCCUACCUAGGUCUAGAGGGACUUCUGGCAUUCCCAGGAGACCCCACACAUGUUCAAUUAAGAGAAGGUUACCUGGGCAGUACAAGGGAGGAAGGCUAGGCCCCUUCAAGCUGAGAGAGUCCCCAUCCGCUCCAGGUAUUUAUAACAAGGAUUUCAUCUGUACCACUAAGCUGUUUGUACAUAAAAGAUGUGUCAACCUUU